AUGCCUCCUUCAAUUGAUAAUGACUUCGACACCCACGAAUGGAAGUCCGAAUUCGCUUCAACUCAAUCGGGACGCAGUUCCCCAAACAUCUUUGCGAAGGUUCGCAGAAAGUUGCUGCUGACACCACCAGUCCGAAACGCCAGAUCCCCACGGCUUACCGAAGAGGAGUUGGAUGCACUCACUGGUGAUCUGCCAUACGCAACCAACUACACAUACGCCUAUAGCAAAAUCUACGACCCAUCACUGCCGGACCAUUGGGAAGUUCCCAACCUUGCCGGCGGCACCUCGCCCGGCACUCUGGCUCAACAGGAGCACUACUCAGCGGCUAGUCUCAGCAGACAACUUCUCUACAUUCUCCGAUUCCCAGUGUACCUGAUUCUCCACGUCAUCACCUACAUUCUGGAGGCCUUCUACCACGUCAUCAAGAUUUCCACCUUCACACUCUGGGAUUAUUUCUUGUACUUGAUCAAGAUUGUAAAACUCCGCUACGCCAGAUACCAAGAAAACCGCUACCGUACCGCACUCAUCCGCAACCGUCAAGAUCCGUUCCGAGUGAAAGUUGCGAACUUUUUCUACCGUUUCUGUGAGAUCAUCUGGCUCAUUGUCACAACACCGUACAGAAUGCUGACGAAUGGCAACGGUGGUGUGGAGCAGUAUGAUUACAAGUCAAUCAAGAAUCAGCUGGAAACUGAGAGAGCUAGUAGAGUGACAACAAGAUCUCAGGCAUUGGAGAAGAGUCGUACGUUCGCAGGACUAUCUCGUUCACCAGCUCGUCGGGUGACUCCAAUCACGACUACAAGCACCAUCACUAGAAUCACUGCCAAAGUAUUCUCCAGUUCUCCAUUUGGUGCAGGUGAAAGCUCUUCGGGUACCGGAACUCCAACUGUUAUCACAACCAGAACCAUCAAGGAACGAUCCGUAACCCCCAGAUUCAAAAGUACACGUGGAAUACUCAAAACGGAUGGACUUCAGAAGGCGUUCGACACUCCGGAAAUCGAUACUUCACUCUCCCAAUAUGGACUUCGCAGCAGAGCAAGCCACGUGCAUACCCCCGAACCAACUUUUGAUAUCGGAGAUCUUGCUGCCACUUCAACUCCAUUAAUCCCAAGAGGUAUCAACAAGUUGGAUUACAUCUGGGAGACUAGAGACGAAAAGAGAAGCACCCUACAGACUUUGUUGUCGUGGAUUGGAUACAUCAUCUUGUUUCCCUUCUAUGCUGCAAGACACAUCUGGUACACAAUUUUCGACUAUGGAAAGAGUGCCUACAUGAAGGUGACCAACUAUCAGCAGAUGCCAAUGGAAGCAAUUCAUGUCAGAGAUAUCGAUGAACCUGCACCAAGCUACGUUGACAACGUCGGAGUCCUCACCACUUCCUGGAGCGCUUCAAUCUACAAUUUCUUCGCAUCCUUCUUCUCAGCCAUCAAAGAAUCUCACCAAAUAGUCUUUGCUAUGCUAACCGGCGCUGUUCAAGACACGACUUCCUACGUUGGAGGACUCUUCAGCGGUCUGACGAACAAAAACUCCUCAAAGUUCAACUGGUGUCAGAUUCUCGGACUUCUCCUUGCUCUUCUUCUCGCUCUCUUCCUGUUCGGAUUCCUGACAUCUGACAACACCGCGAUUCGAGUUCAGAAAUUGGAAAAAGAGGCGAAUGACUCUAAAUCUCCGGAUGGUGAGCUCCCAGCGGUUCCAGUUUGGUUGAACGGUGUGAACCAUGCUAAGCACUACAUGUGGAUGGCAAAGGAAUAUGUUUAUGAUAUGGCCUUCGACAGCUACAACGUCAUCAAGCCGAUUGUCGGAAGAACUGCCACCGCACCAAAGUAUGCCUGGGGUCUGCUGGCUAGCGGAUGUGGUGCGGUUACCAAAUUCCUUGGCUCAGUUGUCACCGGUGCCGAACGUUUCGCCGGAAGCUUGUGGUAUUUCUUGACUGGAAACUUUGCCUCCGCUUAUGAGUCUAUUGGUGGAUUUGCCAACGGUGUCUACAACAGCACAUCAAAUGGAAUUGGCUGGAUUGCCAAAAAUACAAAGAACUUGGUCGUCGAUGGUAUUUCCGGAAUCUACAAUUUCUUCUCCUGGAUGUUCACCAGAUUGCUAAACUUUUCCACCAACUCACAGACUGCCGUGGUGUCCGCCUUCAAGAGUGCCCGUGAUGGAUCAGCCAACUUUUUCUACAAUUACAUCUACACCCCAAUUGCUGGUUGCUUCACAUAUCUCACUGGAAACUAUCAAAACCUUUUGAAACCCGUCUGGUCUGCAUUGAGAUGGACUUACGACUCAACAGUGUUCGUCAUCCAGAAAAUUGUUGAGUGGGCGUGCUUCCUUGUCACUUACCCAAUUGGUUUGAUCACUCGCGGAUGGGUCAAAAUCAGUCAGUACGCUCCAGAAGACGUUGUUCAAGUGAUUCCGAUCCCCCAAGCUGUCACACCGACUCCCGAGAUAGAAAUCACAAAAGAGCAACAAGAAGUGAAAAUUUUGAAGAAGAAACCAGAAGUUGAAGACGAGGAACAAGAAUUAGUGAUAAUUCCCGCCCCCGCACCUGAGCCCAUCCCACUCCCAGUCCCGCCACGGGAUCCAGUUGUUAUCCAUCAGACUAACGUUGUUGAGACUGUUGAUAAGGAGGCUAUUAUUAAGGAGGUGUCAGAUAAGCUACGCGCCGAGUUGUCCGCCCAGUUAUCCGCUCAAUUCCAACAAGACCUGACCGAGAAGAUUGAGCAGAACUACAACACCAUUAUUAACAAACUGAAAGUGGAGAACAACAACAUGCAGUACGACAACAAUCACUUGGAAGCGAUCAUCCGUCAACUCAUCUAUGAGUAUGAUACCGACAAGACUGGCCAAGUGGAUUAUGCACUGGAGAGCUCGGGUGGAGCUGUCAUCUCCACAAGAUGCAGUGAAACCUACAAGAGCUACACUAGACUUGAAAAGUUCUGGAAUAUCCCCAUCUACUACCACGAGUACUCCCCAAGAGUUGUCAUUCAGAGAAACUCAAAGUCCCUCUUCCCUGGAGAAUGCUGGUGCUUCAAAGAUGGCCGCGGUUACAUUGCUGUGGAGUUGUCGCACUACAUUGACGUCUCUAGCAUCAGCUACGAGCACAUCGGCAAGGAAGUCGCUCCAGAAGGCAACCGUUCCAGUGCCCCACGCGGAGUUCUUGUCUGGGCAUACAAGCAGAUUGAUGAUUUGGAGUCGAGAGUGUUGAUUGGUGACUACACCUACGAUUUGGACGGACCACCACUUCAAUUUUUCUUGGCUAAGCAUAAGCCAAACUUCCCGGUCAAGUUCGUCGAGUUGGAGGUGACCAGCAACUACGGUGCUCCAUUCACUUGCCUCUAUCGACUCCGCGUCCAUGGAAAGAUGUUGAAAGUGUAA